AUGAUGGAAAUCGAUGAAUCCGAGGACGAAAUUGAAAGAAGAUCCGAUGUGCUGCGAAAUCUAUCGAGAAAGGGUCCGCUACCCACUUCAAUGGCAAAGCUAUCUGGCUCGUCGCGCGUCAUACCCUCUCGAAAGGACUUCCAUUUCUACAACAAUUUUCAAGAAUUCACGCGCCCAGUUCAGGAAUUCGACAGGAAGUCGAAAAAUUUGCUGGAAAAAAUUGGGGCGUCGGAGGAUUUGUUCGGGAAGCAAAUACCGCUUCCGGUCGACAAGGACGUCGAGUUGGACGACGACGUUGCGCUUGAUUGGCUGGUGAAUGUGAAUGACGAGAUUUUCGAGAGGUUUGACGUGACCUUGGAUGAUUUCAGGAGGGUGCUUAAUGAGGAAGAGAAGAGUGGCGUGAAGACGGUGAGAGUCGGUGGGACUGAAGAAAACGGGUUUCAGAUGGUUUAUGGGAAGAAGAACAAGAAACCUCUGGGAAGUGUAGGGGGGAAUGUAGAUGGGGAAGUGAAAGGGGCUCAGGCAGUGAAGGUGGCUACCAAGUUGAAGCUGAAAGUCCCGUUUCACGUGCCGUCUAUACCAAAGCCGCAGGACGUGUAUAAGAUCAUUGUGAAAAAUACAAACCAGCCAUUUGAGCAUGUCUGGUUGCAGAGGAGUGAGGAUGGUUCUAGGUUCUUACAUCCUUUGGAGGAGCUCUCUGUUCUUGACUUUGUUGAUAUGAGUGAAAGUAUAGCUGAGCCUGAUAAACCUCUUCCGAUCGCUGUUACCCCACUCAAAUUUGUGGAGGAUGUGAAAGAUUUGAAGCAGUUAGCUAUCACGCUGCGUAAUGUGAAUGAGUUUGCGGUUGAUUUAGAACAUAACCAAUAUAGGUCUUUUCAAGGGCUGACAUGUUUGAUGCAAAUAUCGACAAGAACUGAAGAUUUUAUCAUUGACACCCUGAAACUUCGCAUUCACAUUGGUCCAUAUCUGAGAGAAGUAUUCAAAGAUCCGUCUAAGAGAAAGGUAAUGCAUGGAGCUGACCGUGAUAUUGCGUGGCUUCAACGAGACUUUGGGAUUUAUGUUUGUAAUAUGUUUGACACUGGACAGGCCUCAAGGGUAUUGAAAAUGGAAAGGUACAGCCUGGAACAUCUGUUGAGUCAUUUCUGCGGAGUUACAGCAAAUAAAGAGUACCAGAAUGCAGAUUGGAGAAUGAGACCACUUCCACGCGAGAUGGUCAAAUAUGCCAGAGAAGAUACACAUUAUUUGUUGUAUAUAUAUGAUCUUAUGAGGAUAAGGUUGCUCAAGUUAUCUCCUGAAUCUGAAAGUUCUGAUCCUCCUCUUGUCUACAAACGCAGUUACGAUAUAUGCACUCAACUCUACGAAAAAGAGCUUUUGACUGAAUCGUCAUAUCUUCACAUUUACGGGGUGCAGAGUGCUGGGUUGAAUGCUCAGCAGCUAGCAGUUGUUUCUGGACUUUGUGAGUGGAGGGACGUUGUUGCUCGUGCAGAAGAUGAGAGUACUGGUUAUGUGUUGCCCAAUAGGAGUCUUAUCGAAAUUGCUAAGCAGACGCCUCUCACAAUACAUCACUUGCGUAAGGUCUUGAAGUCUAAGCUCCCUUAUAUCGAAAGGAAUCUUGGUUCAGUUGUCAGUAUUAUAAGGCACUCUAUCCAGAAUGCUGCUGCAUUUGAGGAGGCUGCUAAACUUCUUAAAGAAAGACGCUUGGAAUUGGCAAAUGAAGGGAACACUUUGGCCAAGGAAACUGAAGUGCCGAAUUUUAAAGCUCCCAAAGAAAUAAUAAAAAAUUCCGAGGCAGGCAAUAAUUUGCAAAGCAGCACUUCACGUAAUGAUGUUGUGGUUGAGCCAGGGUCCGCACAACUUAAGGCUGAAGCAACUGUUCAGCUGCUGAAGAAACCUAGCCGAGCUUUUGGUGCAGUACUUGGAAAUUCAGCUAAGAGGAAGUUCGAUCCUGACAAAAUCGAAGAUCUGGAUAAUAUAAAAUCAACCGUUAGCCUUCCGUUCCAUGCUUUCCCGAGCACAAAUUCGAGACUUCAAAUGGAUCCCGAAGAACCUGCCAAGAAUCCAGAAACACCAUCUCACACAGAAUCUUCAACUCCCGCCCGUGGCUCUACUCUUGAAAAUGUCAUCGUCUUGGAUGACGACUCUGACGCCGAUGAUGACUCAGCUAGAGAAAACACACGUGUAGCUGCUGCUGCUGAAAAAAAUGAGGAAGAACAAAGUUGGGGUUCGGGUUCAGAGGCAGACGAGCCCAUGUCACUUGGUGACCUGUCCUCCAGCUUCCAGAAUUGCUUACCUUCACAAGGUCAGACUGUAAGUGCAAACCCCGUUGAUAAAACUCAAUCUUUGUUAGAGGUGAAGUAUAAAUAG